UUUCUAUUUUCUUGUCCAGAAUUGACCAGUGAAGGCCCUUUUUGUUGGAACCAAAAAAACAAAUUAUAUAUUUAGGUUGUAAGAUUAGCCGUUGAGCUCUCAUUUUCUCAAAAAUUUGCUGGUGUUUUGGUGCUUGUUGUUGGGUUGUUAGUUCUAAGAUUUUUUGUUUUUGUUUUUUUGACUUCACUUGAAGCAACCCCAUUUGUUUGCAUAUCUUAAGUAUCUCCUUUUAAACUGUAAUGGACUUAAUUUUUUCAUCUGGGUUGAUCUUAAAUUGCUUGAAGGAGAAGAAUUGGAGUUGAUCUUAAAAUGGGUGUGGCUAAAAAUUUGAUCUUUUUAAGAAAGAAUUCUGGGGUUUGGCUUAGAAUUCUGUUUUAUUUAUGGUUUUUCUUUGGAGGGUUUUGCCAAGUAAAGGGACUCAGACCUCUUAGAGAAAAGUAUCGUUCGUGGGGCGAUGAGCAGUGGCUUUCUGCAAGGAAGGAUGAGAAUGAAUUUGGGCCAUUUUCUGCUUGGAAUAUAACAGGAACCUUCAGAGGGUCUUGGAGGUUCCUAGAUUCAAAGAAUAGCUCUUCCCUUUUUCCUGAUUUCAAGAAAUCCAAUGGAAACUAUGUCCUGGAAUUGAUUAGUACUCCUACAAAAAUAACUGGUGUACACUAUGUUCAGGGAGUAAUAAUUUUCCAUGAUAUUUUUGACAAUGAACGUGGGGGUGCUCAAAUCAGAGUAGAAGGUGUAUAUGUAUGGCCAUUCAGACAACUUUGGAUGGUAGCUCACAGCAGCAAAGAGGGUGACUUUGGCCAGGAAGAUGAUUAUCUGUUAUCAAAUCCUUAUCAUUUGCUUGGAACUUUCUCAUCUCAGGUCUUCCAAGAGUCGCCACGAGAUAAGAUUUGGAAACGGAAACACUCGCCUAUUUAUGAGAUGGAGAAACAUUGUAAUGUUGAAAUUGCAGCACAAAUUUCUCGAGUGUCAUCUUCCACUAAUGAUGGAGAUCAAGAUCAUUAUCAUCUAGAAGGAUUGAUGGAGAGCCCUUCAGUGGAUGAUGAUGGAGACUGUUUCUCCCCCAUGCUAUUGAAUGCCACUUCUAUCAAUAUAGAGGUUUACUACAACAAAGCAGUUAACUACACGUUGAUGGUCACUUUUGUUUCUUUUCUUCAAGUGCUCCUUCUCAUUCGGCAAAUGGAACAUAGCAAUACCCAAUCAGGAGCUGCCAAAGUUUCAAUUUUGAUGAUCGGGCAACAGGGAAUAAUUGAUGCUUAUCUUUGUCUUCUACAUCUGACUGCAGGCAUACUUGUUGAAUCGCUGUUCAAUGCUUUUGCAACCGCUGCAUUUUUCAAGUUUGUUGUCUUCUCAAUAUUUGAGAUGAGAUAUCUUCUCGCUAUAUGGAAGGCAAAUAGACCUAUGACUAGUGGAGAGGGCUGGCAAGCAAUGAGACGUGAACUGUCAGUUCUGUACAGCCGCUUCUAUGGGAUCCUUUUAGGUGGAAUUUUAAUCAUGUAUGAAUUCCAUAGGUUUCUGGGGCCACUCCUUUUCCUUUUACACUCUUUUUGGAUACCUCAAAUUGUAACUAACGUUAUUCGUGACACGAGAAAACCGUUGCAUCCUCAUUACAUUUUGGGAAUGACUGUUACUCGGCUAGCAAUUCCACUAUAUGUCUUUGGUUGUCCUCACAAUUUUAUGCGCAUAGAGCCCGACAAAAGUUGGUGCAUCUGUGUGGGAAUUUUCAUGGCAGUGCAGGCAUUAGUUCUUCUUUUGCAGCACUAUCUUGGAUCUCGGUGGUUCAUUCCACGACAGAUUUUACCUGAAAAAUAUAGUUAUUACAGAAGAUUUGACCAAAAAGGAAAUCAUGCUACUGACUGUGUCAUUUGCAUGACUGCUAUUGAUCUCACUCAACGUUCAAAUAAUUGCAUGGUGACGCCCUGUGAUCAUUUCUUUCAUUCGGGUUGUUUGCAAAGAUGGAUGGACAUAAAGAUGGAGUGCCCAACAUGCCGACGUCCUCUUCCUCCAGCCUGAACAGAUGUUUUUUUUUUUUGAAUUCCUGUUAAUAUAGAGCAACUGACAUCACCAACCUGUCAAAUGAGGUUGGUAUCGAAGUGGAUCAGAGCAUUCUUGAGAAAUCUUAAGUAGGUUUUAUGAAAAUUUUAACGCAGAAACACCAGAUUGCCGUGUGCAAUUCUUGUGAUGUACAUUAUGGUCAUUCUAGUUUUUAUUCAAGAUGAUAACAUUCUUGUUUUCUCUUGUAUUUCAUUACAUUUUCUUUGAGAUAUUGGAUGGAAAGCAAGUUGUAAAUUUCAAGUUGUGAAUUGUAGUCUUAUAAUCAGCACCUUGCAUAGUUGAAUUACAGGUAGAUAGCAGUGAUGACAGUUGUGUGUACAGUUUGCAGAUUUUCUUGUACUAAAUACUAUGGGUUCCUCCUACAGAAUUUGUUUUAAUUUAUCCAAUAAGUGAUGAAAUUGUAAACUAAAUUCAAGUGUUGGUCAAAAAUGACCUGGAAUU